AUGUGUACAAAUACCACAGAGAUAUCAGUCCAGCCAUUGAGUUGUUCGCCUUAUCCAAUGUACACAAUAUGUAAAUAUGAGGUAAAAGAUGCCGGGCUGACUGUAUCAUUUACUUGUGAAACUGGUUAUGUCCUGAUUGGAACAGCGACACUUACCUGCAAUACAGUGACAAACGAAUGGUCUGACGCUUUUCCUACAUGCGAUGCAUGUCAAACAUUAGCUGAACCUACAGAUGGUUCAGUUACAUUAUCCAGCAAUGGUAUCACGACGGUUGCCACCUAUUCGUGUGAUGCGGGUACAACUUUGAACGGAGAUUCUUCUAGAACAUGUAGAACUGACUCAACCUGGACAAAUAACGCGCCAACGUGUACAUCAUGUCCAGCACUGUCUGACAUAGCAAGUGGAAAUGUUACAAUAACUACUGACAAUACGACAACAACAGCAAUACAUUAUUGUGCACCUGGGUAUUCUAUAAGUGGCGACAGCACGGCUGAAUGUACUAUAUCCGGAUCGUGGGAUUCCAAUCCCCCUCUAUGUCAAUGCAAUGAUCCGUCGAUACCCGACAAUGGAACAGUGACGGUUUCCAAUGACAGAACGCAAGCGGUCUAUACAUGUAACUUGGGAUUUACAUUGCAUGGAGUCAGCAAAAGAACUUGUCCAGAUGAUGGAACCGGAUGGUCAAGUGAUGACCCUGUCUGUGUCGGAUGUCCCUCACUGAUAGAGCCAGGCAAUGGGAGUGUAUCUUUAUCAACAAAUGGGACUUUAACAGUAGCAAAUUACUCGUGUAUUGUUGGAUAUACAAUGAAUGGAGAUACAACUUCAGACUGCCAGACAGACGGAUCAUGGUCCUCGCUUGCACCGACAUGCUCUCUGUGUGACGUCGUUCCAACCGUAUCGUCUGCUUCAUACACUCUGAUAUCUGAUGGAACAACAACGUCAGCUAAAUACUCGUGCAGCAUUGGUACCACUAUAAGUGGUGACGUCACUAUUGCAUGUGACGCAAGUGGGGUGUGGACUGUUGCAUCGGGAACAACUUCUUGUGUUGAAUGUCCUGCUCUUUCAACUUCUGGCGGGAAAUUUGAAAUAUCAACAGAUGGCACUACGUCAACGGCUGUACUUGUCUGUGAAAGUGGAUAUACCCUUGAGAACGGCGGAUCCAUUGAAUGUCAAAGCAACGGGACAUGGUCUUCUAGUGUGGAGUCAUCGCAAUGCGUGUCGACACCCUCGUCAACAGAGAGCAAUAACAAUGAUGGCAAUUUAUUACCAGCUGUUAUUGCUUUGUCAGUUUUAGCUGCAGCCAUUGGAACAGCCCUAGGAUUAGCAUUGUUAUACAUUUGGAAACUGAAGAAAAUCAUAUCAGGAAAAACUGACGACAAAAAACGAAACGAGAAUGGCAUGAACUCUCCUAUGUUUACAUCUUUACCUCCCAGAGGACACACCCAGCAUAUUAUGGAUACCUGGAAUAGGUCCUCAGCCAUGUCUGCACCGAUGAGCUAUGUUCCAUCACCAAGAGUUGAUUCCGUCACUCCACGGUCUUUAUCGUCAUCCACGUCAAAUUCCAGUCUUCAUCUGAGCCAUUUAAACCUAAUACGAGAAGACACGACGAGCUCAGUGAUAUUAGACCAAAACAAUCCAGCUCCUUGGAGCAUAAAAUCCAAACUUAAACACGAAAAUGGACCCAGCUAUAGUUCUAACCCUAGUAUAUUUCCACCUAUAUCAGAAAACGGCACUUUGGUUACUCCAAGAGGUAACUCUAGCACCACACAGAGUCACACUAAAAAGAAGAAAUUGUCGUUCGGUAAGAAAAUUCAACGUCAGAAUUCUAUUGAAGCUAAUGAGUCUGAAGUGAAGAAUAGCAAGUACGAGAAAGAAAACAAUACUGAAAGUGAAUCGGAGAAAGCUAGUGCUCGGUCUACAACAAAGGUUAAACGUUUUGGGUCAGUAUCUAAGACUGGGGGAGGCAUUAGUAAUGGAGGAUCGGUAGUACCAAAGCUAAAGCUGUCUGAGCAGCCACAGAGAGCCUCAACUCCAGUUAAACAUCACAUGAAAGUCAAAGAACCCGAUGAAUGUAGUACUCCAAGAUCAAAUAUGUUUACAACUGUUCAAUAAAAUGUUAUUUACUUGUUCAUUUAUUUAUUAAGUUUCUGUUGAAUCACGUGUUAUUAGUUAAUCAUUACCCUGUAUGUUACAACUGGACAAUUGUAUUAACUGUUUUCGUAUGAAAUUCUCCGUAAAAAAGGGAUGAAAGGUUUUGUCGAGUCUGAAAGAUUGACAUGUCAAUUUAAGAUAUUAAAUGUUGUAAAUGUAAUGGCGAACUGUUUUACCAGUUUAUUUGAAGUACUCCUUUGUGAUUGUUUUGUACAUUUGUAAUGUGAAUGUUGUUACGUGACUCAAAUUAUGUGAGAGCUUACGAAAUUCUUUAACUUUUCUCUCUUUGAUAAUUAAAGAAUUUUCGUCCUUAUG